UGAGAACAGUCGCUGCCAUGAGCUGUCUGAGUCGCUGGUGGUCCAGGUCCCGUCGCCGCUCUUCUGAGCCGGACGACCCGGACGACGGGUCCUACGGGGCCCCACCUGAGAACCAGGCCCAGAUCAAUGAAGCCAAAAAACUGAAGAAAAAGAAGUGGAGCUGGGGGAGACUGAUGAGGAUCUUCCGUAAGAAGCGCAAGGUGGACGGUGAAGGGAAGCUUCAUCAGGAGGCUGAAGAUAGAAAAGAUCCACAGCGGUCUGAUGAUGGUGGUGACAUUGUGGAACCGCUGGAGGAGAACGUUGAUGCUGGCAGGCUGGAGGACUCUGACCAUGUUGGAGACAGUGAGGAGAUGAUUAGCCAGCAUCAGGAAGAAGCCGAUGAAAUGGUGAUGUACUCUGAAGCUGAGGCUGAAGCUGAGUACAAGGACAAUGAAGGUGAAGAUCUGACGGACCGUAAAAGCAUUUCCUGGUGUGAUGAAGAAAACCAGAUGUUGCUUGAGAUUAAUGAAGCUGAGGCUACAGCACCGAACGAGCCAAUGAAGCUCGACCUGGAGAAGAACGGAGAAGCUGAAGCUUUUGAAGAACUGAUGAAGGCUGACCUGGAUGAGGUUGAGGGAAGCAUAGAGAGUCAAGCUGAGGCUGAAGCGCUUGAAGAGCCGAUAAAGGACAUGGAUGAGAUAGAAGGAAACAUCAUGAAGCUCCUGGAGCGCAAAGAUGGUAAAGCCGAGAGUGAAGCACCCAGUGAGCUCAUGAACUUCAACCUGAAGGAGAACGAGAUAGAUGGUGAAGCUGAGGCUGAAGCUGAUGCUCUUAAAGAACCGAUGAAAGCUGACUUGGAUGGGGUUGAAGGAAGCAUUGUGAAGCUUCUGGAAUGUAAAGAUGGUGAGGCGGAGAGUGAAGUGACCAGUGAGCUCAUGAACUUUAACCUGAAGGAGAACGAGAUAGAUGGUGAAGCUGAGGCUGAAGCUGAAGCUCUUGAAGAGCCAAUGAACGCUGACUUAGAUGGGGUUGAUGGAAACAUCAUGAAGCUCCUGGAGCGCAAAGAUGGUGAGGCUGAGAGUAAAGCACCAAGUGAGCUCAUGACCUUCAAUCUGAGAGAGAAUGUGAUAGAUGGUGAAGCUGAGGCUGAAGCUCUUGAAGAGCCAAUGAAGGACCUGGAUAAGAAUGAAGGAAACAUUGUGAAGCUUCUGGAGUGCGAAGACGGUGAAGCGGAGGGUGAAGCACCCCGUGAGCUCAUGACCUUCAACCUGAAGGAGAACGAGAUAGAUGGUGAAGCUGAGGCUGAAGCUGAAGCUCUUGAAGAGCCAAAGAAAGCUGACUUGGAUCGGGUUGAUGGAAAUUUCAUGAAGCACCUAGAGCACCUUGAAGAUCUGCUAAAUAUAACCGUAGACAAGCCAAGGUCUGAAAUCAUGACCCUGGUGGAAGCUGAAGCUGAAGACACCGUGGAGAUUCUGAACGUCCACCCGGGCGAGACGGUCCCACGUGAUGAACUGCCGGGUGAGAACAUGAUGGAAGCUGAAGCUGAAGACACUGUGGAGAUUCUGAACGUCCACCCGGACGAGACGGUCCCACGUGAUGAACUGCCGGGUGAGAAUGUGAUGGAAGCUGAAGCUGAAGACACCGUGGAGAUUCUGAACGUCCACCCGGACGAGACGGACCCACGUGAUGAACUACUGGGUGAGAACGUGGUGGAAGCUGAAGACACCGUGGAGAUUCUGAACGUCCACCCGGACGAGAUGGACCCACGUGAUGAACUACUGGGUGAGAACGUGGUGGAAGCUGAAGACACCGUGGAGAUUCUGAACGUCCACCCGGACGAGACGGACCCACGUGAUGAACUACUGGGUGAGAACGUGGUGGAAGCUGAAGACACCGUGGAGAUUCUGAACGUCCGCCUGGACAAGACGGACCCACGUGAUGAACUGCUGGUUGAGAACGUGGUGGAAGCUGAAGCUGAAGCCAUCGAGGAGAUUCUGAACGUCUGCCCGGACGAGACAGACCCACAUGAUGAACUGCCGGCAGGAAACCAGUUGAUGGAAGUGGAGGAUGGUGAAGCGGAGGCUGAACCCAUCACAAAGGUCAUCGAGCGUCACCUGAAGCUGAUUCUAAAGGUCGACCAACCUCUGGAGACAGGAGCUGAAGCAGGAAACCAGUUGAUGGAAGUGGAGGAUGGUGAAGCGGAGGCUGAACCCAUCACAAAAAGCAUCGAGCGUCACCUGAAGCUGAUUCUAAAGGUCGAACAACCUCUAGUGACAGCAAGCCCACAUGAUGAAGCAACCAUGGAGAUUCUGAACGUCCGCCCGGACGAGGCGGACCCACAUCAUGAACUGCCAAGUGAGAACAUGGUGGAAGCUGAAGCUAAAGCCACCGUGGAGAUUCUGAACGUCCGCCCGGACGAGACGGACCCACAUCAUGAACUGCCGAGUGAGAACAUGGUGGAAGCUGAAGCUGAAGCCACAGAGGAGAUUCUGAACGUCUGCCCGGACGAGACGGACCCACAUGAUGAACUGCCGGGUGAGAACAUGGUGGAAGCUGAAGCUGAAGCCACCGUGGAGAUUCUGAACGUCCACCCGGACGAGACUGGCCCACGUGAUGAUCUGCUGGCAGGAAACCAGUUGAUGGAAGUGAAGGAUGGUGAAGCGGAGGCUGAACCCAUCACAAAAAGCAUCGAGCGUCACCUGAAGCUGAUUCUAAAGAUCGGCCAACCUCUGGAGACAGGAGCUGAAGCAGGAACCCGGGUGAUGGAAGUGAAGGAUGGUGAAGCGAAGGCUGAACCCAUCACAAAAAGCAUCGAGCGUCACCUGAAGCUGAUUCUAAAGAUCGGCCAACCUCUGGAGACAGGAGCUGAAGCAGGAAACCAGUUGAUGGAAGUGGAGGAUGGUGAAGCGGAGGCUGAACCCAUCACAAAAAGCAUCGAGCGUCACCUGAAGCUGAUUCUAAAGAUCGGCCAACCUCUGAAGACAGGAGCUGAAGCAGGAACCCGGGUGAUGGAAGUGAAGGAUGGUGAAGCGAAGGCUGAACCCAUCACAAAAAGCAUCGAGCGUCACCUGAAGCUGAUUCUAAAGAUCGGCCAACCUCUGAAGACAGAAGCUGAAGCAGGAACCCGGGUGAUGGAAGUGAAGGAUGGUGAAGCGAAGGCUGAACCCAUCACAAAAAGCAUCGAGCGUCACCUGAAGCUGAUUCUAAAGAUCGGCCAACCUCUGGAGACAGGAGCUGAAGCUCAAGUGGAAGCUGCUGAAGAGCAGAAGAUUGAAAAAAUGAUGAGCCUCGUACCUCAAGAUGAGGACGAUCAAAUGAGCAGAAACGUUCCUCAGAACAACACCGAAGAUUCCACCAAGAAGAGGAAGAAGGUCAGGAGAGGAACUCGCGGACGAGGCCGUAAAAUCAACUAUAAGAAGGAGAACAAACAAGAAACGAGCGCCGGCGGUCCAGAACAUCAGACCUGACCAGAUCAGACCCCACCGGACAGGAAGAAAUGUAGAGCUGGAGAAGAUCAGUGGAGGAUGAGACGAUUUUGAAGAACAUCAGUCCAGAACAUUAAUAAAAAACCUUCAAUAAAACCGA